GGGCAAGGAUGUAAUUGAACACGCAGGUGCUCUUUAGUUCUAUUGGUUGAACACCGCGGCCGCUUUCUUCAUUCUUCAUUGGCUGGCGGGCUUGGCGCGCUGGUCGCCCAGACAUGGCCGACUGCAGCCGCUGGCAGCCGCCGCGCCCCUGCGAGGCCUACCGCGCCGAGUGGAAACUCUGCCGCAGCGCCAGGCACUUCCUGCACCACUACUACGUCCACGGCGAGCGGCCCGCCUGCGAACAGUGGCGGCGCGACCUGGCCAGCUGCCGCGACUGGGAGGAGCGCCGGAGCGCCGAGGCCCAGCGAUCCCUCUGUGAGAGCGAGCGGGCACGAGUCCAGGCUGCACGGAAGCACAUCCUGGUGUGGGCCCUGAGGCAGAGCCCCCCUGCAGACUGGCACCUCCCUCUGCCGCAGGAGAAGGAUGAGUGACAAGCACCCCUGCCAUUGGCCUGUGCAGCUUCCUUCCUCCGUCUGUUUCAAGUUGCUGUUGCACAGCCCUGGGGACUGUGACUAGCCUACACAGUGUAGUGGCUCACUGUGAGCUCCUGCCAGACUUGGAACAUGGAGCAGGACAUUGCUAGCCCUACUUGCCCACCCCUUACCUGCAUGCGGGGCGCCGUGACACUGCGAUGUUCUGCUGGACAAUUGUACUCCAGAGCCUCCAGGAGGCCAAGCAUUAUGGCAGGUACUUGUGAGCAGCCAGGUCAGGCUGGGCACAGCAGCAUAGGAGAUGGCGGUCCUGAGGUCUAGGGUUCUCAGGUAAACUCCUGAAGGGUAGCCCUGCACAGGUGGGUAAUAAUGAGGUAGCUAAACAGUUGUGCUACUGUGAAUGCCUUUGCAAGUCGUUGGGAAACCGCCUGCCACGUCCUGAUUUGGUGAGCAUUGUGAGUGCUCACCCUGUACUCAGGCCCCUCGAUUAGUUCUACUGCAGGUGCAGGCAGGUGUGCCGAGCAGGCAGGGCUCACUGGCCCUUCUGCACCAGCAGGCUUCUCUUCUUCAGCUCCCAGGUCGGCCUCUGGAGACUCUGGAUUUUAAGGAUUGGCACAUAGCUACAGAACACACAACCUUGCCUGAAGAGGGCUCGUGGACUCAGCUUAAGAAAUCCAAGCCCAAGACAUGGGGAAUUAAGGACUCCUUCCCUCAAAGUUUCCCCGGUGGUUAAUGUAUAAAAAGCCAUUUCAUCUGAUUUCAAAUAGAAGCUGAAAAUUAAAUUCACAUUUGUUAGAUUUCAUAUAUAAUAGUGUUGUACCUGGACAGUUUUAGAAUUUUGUAUGCUUACUCUCUUGUAGGUGUUUUAAAAUGUAUGAACCACCAAAAACACUUUCUCAAAGAAGUCUCUCUAUUACUAAGAAUGGUUUUGCAUCCUCAGCAGGCCCUGUUGUGUGAUGCUGAGGGCUAGGCUGGCUCCGUGCCCAGCACCCUCCCUGCUCUCUUCCUGCACACAGGCAGCAAGUUGAACAUCUUUUAAUUUGUUCUUUGGGGCAGAAUAAUCGAUCACCUCAGAAGGGUAUCCAUUAAAGAAUAGUAUUUGCGGCUGGGCACGGUGACUCCAGCCUGUAAUCCUAGCACUUUGGGAGGCCGAGGCAGGUGGAUCACGAGGUCAAGAGAUCGAGACCAUCCUGGUCAAUAUGGUGAAACCCCGUCUCUCCUAAAAAUACAAAAAAUUAGCUGGGCAUGGUGGUGCGUGCCUGUAAUCCCAGCUACUCAGAAGGCUGAGGCAGGAGAACUGCCUGAACCCGGGAGGCGGAGGUUGCGGUGAGCCGAGAUCGCGCCAUUGUACUCCAGCCUGGGUAACGAGCGAAACACCGUCUCAAAAAAAAAAAAAAAAAAAGAAUAGUAUUUCCCUGCUUGAGUGUGUUUUCUCCUGUGCUCCCAAAGAGUCCCUUUCUGUGUCUGCAAAUGGUGGUGGUGGGUGGAGGGUGCUCAUGGGAUCCCAAGAGCAGGAGCAUCUAACGAGGAGCCAGCGUUCCCCCAUCAUCAGGGGAAUAUUGAUGUGUCAAAGGCAACCAGGGUGCCUCCAGCCUGGCUGUGGCUAGUUUAAUAAUGAGCAUUUCCAGCCAGGGAGGGAAGGGAGGAAGACUGCUAGAGAUCGACAAGGUUUUUCUCUCUUAAACACAGGGAAGGGACAUCUGAAUUUUCAGUCUGCGGUAAUCCCAGCACUUCGGGAGGCCAAGGUGGGUGGAUCACUUGAGGUCAGGAGUUCGAGACCAGCCUGACAACAUGGUGAAACUCCACCUCUACUAAAUAUACAAAAAUUAGCUGAGUGUGGUGGCACCCACCUGUAAUCCCAGCUACUCAAGAGGCUAAGACACGAGAAUUGCUUGAACCCAAGAGGCAGAGGUUGCAGUGAGCUGAGAUCACACCAGUGCACUCCAGCUUGCGCAACAGAGUGAGACUUCAUUAAAAAAAUAAAUGAGUUUGCAGUCUGCAUGUGAUGCCUGGGAUUGCAGCAGCUGGAGGGUUCCUGGGGCAAGGCUGGAGAGUGCAGCAAAGGCCUGGGCAUGCCAGCCAGCACCCCAGCCCGUGAGGGGCCUCCCCUCAGUACAGUCAUGCUCCCUGCCACCUGCUUGUUUAGCAAGGUAUACAGUGUGUGGCUGCAUGCUCUGUUAGGAAGCAUUAAGUCCUGCCUCUAUAGUGCGACUGUCAUAUUUUGCCUUUCUUCACUACUCAAGUUCCACAUCAACAGAUAAUCUCCCUGGACAGGACGUUCCUGCUUUUGUUCCUAGGUGAAUUCCUUCACAACAUUUGAGUGUCCACAUGUUGGACAGGGAUUGAGGCUUGCAGACCACAGUUUUGAAAUGGACAAGUUGUCUUCAAAGAGUUUCUGUUGUCAUAUGGGGGAAAGACAGGCAUUAAACAUCAAUAAAUAGGAAUUUAAAAUGGUGGCUGGGUGUGGUGGCUCACAGCUGUUAUCCCAGCACUUUGAGAGGCUGAGGUGGGAGGAUUGCUUCAGCUCAGAAAUUUGAGACCAGCCUAGGCAACAUAGCAAGACCUCAUCUCUACAAAAAAUACAUUCAUUUGUAGUUCCAGGUACUCCAGAGGCUGGGGCUGGAGGAUCACUUGAGCCCAGGAGUUUGAGGCUGCAGUGAGCCAUGAUUGUGCCAGUGCACUCCAGCCUGGGUGACACAGUGAUAUCCUGUCUCAAAAUAAGUAAAAAUAAAAUGGUGAUCAUUUCUGCAGCAGUUUGGAUAAUUUUUUAUGGUGGUGUUAUAAAGAAAAUACUGUAAUAAGAGCAAUAUCUUUCGAACUUUUUAGACAGGAGCUAGGUGUGGUGGCUCACACCUGUAAUCUCAGCUACUUGGGAGGCUGAGGCCAGAAGGAUCACUUGAGGAUGGGAGUUUGAGAUUGCAGUCAGCUAUGAUCAUGCCACUGCACUCGAGCCUGGGCAACAGAGCAAGACCCCAUCUCUAAAUAAAUAAAUAUUUUAAAAAUAGAAAUAAAUGUUUUGGACAGAACCCCACAGAAAUAGUAAGUAUUUUACAUUAUUAUCUGGCAUAGACUGUUAUGUACAGUUUAUUGUUGAAAUACAAAAUAAUAUCCAUACUGUAUGUGAUACCGUGCCAUUUUCAGUAACUGCUAUACACAUAGCAACUCAGAUGAAACUCAAGGAAAUUAUUCAGAGUAAAAGCCAAUCUUGAAAACAUACAUGUAGCAUGAUUCCAUUUAUGUAAUAUUGGUGAAAUGUAAUUACAGAUAUAGGAAACAGGUUAUCUGGGUUAGGUUAGGGAUGGUAGGGGGAUGGAUCACAUGAAGGAGUCCUGUGGUGUUGAAAACCAUCUGUGCAGCCUGACUGCUGGUUACACAGGGCUACACGUAAAGUUAAAACUGUGUAGACUUAGGUACACAAAGGAGGGCAGAUAUAACUGGGGAAAUUGAAUAUGAUCUGUAGACUGUGCCAAUGUCAAAUUUCUGGGUCCUGCCACUGUACUAUAGUGUGUAAGGUACUAAUAAUUGGGAGAGGCUGGGGCAAGGGUGUACGCAGGGCCUCCCUGGACGACCUCUUAUGCAACCUCCUGUGAAUCUAUAAUUGCCUCAAAAUAAAAAGUUGAAAACAAAACUGUCA